AUUCAUUAGCCAGCUAUUCACUCUAGGAGAUAGAUAAGCAAUAAGAAUUAAAUGAUUAUUAUGUCGCUUAUUGGACUGUCUCUCUCUCUCUCUCUCUCUCUGUGUGCGCGCGCGCGCACGCGCGUGUGUGUGUGUGUGUGUGUGAACAAUAAUUUUCCGGCCUUUGUUCAUAAUCUCUUUGAACGCUGCGGUCCUAUGAAUAAGAUGUGAAACCCUGUAGAUUCCGGUGAAUCUAAAUUUCUUUCCCUAUGGCAUGCGAAAAUGAUCUCUGCGUUAGUCCGUGACGACUCGGUCAUUCGGGGUAGCGUGACAUGUUUUGCGACGUUAACGUUAUUGGAAAUUCGUCCUGUCGAGAUUCCAUCGAUAUAAGUGGCUCUUUUCCACUGUUAAAACGAGCUGGCUGAUCUCCGUGAGAAUAGCGCAGUCGUGCAAUGGCGUAGGAGCAUUAAGUGGCGUCGUACGACGUGUUUUGCAGUAUCAGCUGAUGGACUUGAUGUACCUUUCGCGUUAUCAAAACACGAGUGCCGUCGCAGCGAAGUCCGUCUUAGUGUAUUAUGGCAGUACAGGGUGUAGCGACGUAGUGGACGUCGUAACACGACAACGUUCGUUGUCGUCACUAGCGAACCUGAGCAGCAAACCUAUUUCUCGCAUUAACGAAGACUCGUCGACUCCAUAUCAGCUGUCAUUAUCAAAUUAUAUCCUAAUCUAACACAUCUCCGAAUCGUGUGCUUGAGAUUCGUGAUUUUGUGUGCUACGAACCGAAUUGCAUCUGCAUUUCCAAUUUGUUGUUACAAACGUGAGUUAACUAGAGAAAGAGAGAGAGAGAGAGGGAAGAAGUAGGGAGAACGUGACGAGACACCCAGCAUUAUCAUCGUAGAUAAAUACACGUAAUACUUAAUAUUUUGUAAGCAUGGGAGGAGCAGUGAGCAGUGGGCAGGACAAUGAUGAAUUAGUGGAUAAUUUAAUGGAAUCUGGAUAUAUCAAAACAAAGAAGGUGGAACAAGUUUUCAGAGCUGUGGAUAGAGCUGAUUAUGUUUUGUCCUCUCAUAGAGAGAGCGCUUAUAAGGAUUUAGCGUGGAAACAUGGAAAUAUACAUUUAUCAGCUCCAUGUGUAUAUAGCGAAGUAAUGGAAGGUCUCAGUCUAGAACCUGGCUUAAGCUUCCUGAAUCUUGGAUCUGGAACUGGCUACCUCAGUACAAUGGCAGGACUGUUAUUAAAACAACAUGGUACAAAUCAUGGUAUCGAGUUACACGAAGAUUGUCUAGACUAUGCAAAUAAAAGGCUGGAAGAGUUCAAACAGAAGUCAUUGGCAUUGAAUGAGUUUGAUUUCUGCGAACCAUUAUUCAUACAAGGAAACUGUCUCAGCAUCAUACCUGGAAGACAAUACGACCGAGUAUACUGUGGAGCAGCUUGCCCCGAAACUCACGAGGCGUUUAUCAAACAAUUUGUCCGUAUUGGCGGUAUACUAGUCAUGCCCUACAAAGAUCAUUUGAUCCGUGUGGAAAGGAGGGACGAGAAUACCUGGACUCACGACAAGAUGCUUCCCGUAUCGUUUGCUAAUCUAAUUGUACCUUCAAUAGCGGAGCAUAAUCUACUUCACUUACCGGAAUGCGACCCCUUGUCUCUACAGGAACUGUGCCGCGGUAAGAUCAGACAUCGCCUGCGUGAAAAUAUCUGGAACGAACAUGCCGAUGUAGAGACCGAGAAACCUAUAAUCUCGGGGCAACGGAAGCCAAGCCCACAACAGCACACUCUCAGACGUUUCGUCAUACCUAUCUUCGAAGAAGCCGACGAGGUUUUGUCCGACGAUGAGCAAGACUAUCCGAGCGCGCUGUCCGAGCGCCGAGCGCGCUUCCUGCUGAAUGUUGACGCCGAUACCGGCGAGGCUAUCACCACGACUCUGCAACUGGUGCGCGCGGUCAUACAACCGAAUCCGACCGAGGGUCAGCGAGAAAAUCAGCGAGAAGAUGCGAGGACCGUCAACGAAGACGCUCGAAAUACUAGGGAAACGAUUCGAGAGGACAGCCGUGAGCACAAUCGCGAGGAUGCUCGGGAGGCUGCGAGCAGCACGAGCGUCGACGACAACCAGCGCGAGCAGAAACGCAAAUCCAGCAAGAAGAACUCCUCGAGCGCGAACGAAGACACCACGGGUCAUCACAGUUCCACCGAGCCCAUCGACACAUGCAAUAACAGCAGUGAGGCGCGAAGCGAGAGAGAGAUCUCGUCGACCGCCGCAACGUAUUCCAACAUGAGCGAGAGCGAGAGCGACGCCGAACAGGAGGGCGCUUUCGUGAAACGCAAUAAAAUUCUGAAACGCAAGAAGACGGACAAUGGCGUGAUGGAGGACGCGAAUCUCAGCAAUGAGGAAGGCAGUCAGCCCUCCAGCCAAUCAUCCAGCCAGUCCUCCAGCCAGUCCUCCAGCACGAACUUCAGUACGAACGCUAAUCACGAGGACUCAGAUGUCACUGAUACGAUGGACAUAGACCUGCCCCCCAUCUCAAUCAACAAAUCAUGCAGGAACAUGUACGGCUCUCUGUCGAAAGACUCUACCUCCAACGACAAGGAAGUCGUUGGCCACUAUGUAGAUAGCAACGCGUUCGCCGGUUACAUGAAAGAGAAGAUACAACAGUUACCGUUGCCUUUCUCAGUGAAAUUGUAUGUAAAUUACAACCGGAAAUUCUAAGAUAAGCAAAAUACCCAUAACAUAUAUUCUCUUAUUUAAACAAAUAUAUAACUUUUUAUUACACAGAACCAA